AUGAAGUUUGCGAGCAGCACUUCUGGGCAUCUCAGAAUUCAGUUGCUGAGUGCCAACGGAUUGCGAUUGGACGACCCCAGCAACCCGCCCAAUGUUGUCGCCCGUGUCAACUUGGUGAAGCCAGCUGUGACACCGUUCCAAACUACUCAAGCAAACGAGAAGUCAUGUGGUACUUGUGACCCUGAAUUCAAUGAAGAAAUCUCCCUGCCCGUGGAGAUUCCUCAUGCGAGCAUCCUACAGAUUUCCUUGUGGAACUCAAAGGUUACCCAUGAAGACCUGAGCUUCUUGGGAGAGGUCAACCUCAAUGUAGCAAAGCUCGACAGUUACGCCGGCCUCAAGUUGCACCAGACUUUUGAAGUUAGACAGGAUCGAGCAAAGCCCAGUGUUCAAGUCUCUGGCAAGCUCUUCGUGAACAUCAUUUAUGAGAAGCCUGGGAUGCUGUAUAAGGAGCUGGAUUGUGGUUUUUCGCUGUUCUUCACCGAAAAUUGGAUCGACGUCAAGCCAAGGACUGACGACGUUGAGCUUGCGAUUGUUGUCGCAUUGAAUCAAUGCUUCGACUUGCCCCCGUACAGGCUUGAGCCUGUUGGGUCAGAGCGUUGGAAAGAGGACACUCAAGAGCUAGGAUUCACCACCCACAUCAACAUGAACAUGGGUAUGGCUCAGGGCGACGCCUCUUCGCAGGAGCUUUGCGCAAAGUUCGAUCAGUACAUCAAAGACCCGAACAGUCCGUUCCAUCACAGCGACUCUCCACUGAGGAACUGUGUGAAAUUGACUGUACACAAACCAUUCCGCAGAUUGGUGGCAACAAAUCCAGUUGCUAGCUUGCAGAGUCUGCCAGUCCGUGGAACGGGCCAGAACGGAAUGACCGUUACCAACGGUGGGCAGGGAGCAAACGGGGAGAUGGACCAAGAGGGCAUGUCUUCGCUUGCCUCUGCAGCUGUUGCUAAGGCAGUCAACAAUGCUGUGCAGAACGUGUCGCAACAGAGUGAAGACCCAAAUCUUCUGAAGUCCAUCCGAUACGGUGAAGUCCCUUCCAUGAGCGACAAUCUCCAAUCCAUCCGAAAACCGGUAGUCGUUCCACAGACCGCAUCUCUUCAAUCUGUGAAUCGUGUCGAACUUGUGCAAGCAAGCCCUACUCCUUUGUUGCCCAUUCAGAUCAGUGGCAACCUCAAGUCACCAGAGGUUGGUUGCCUCGUGAUGCUGAUGGAAGAGUGCAAGAUUGAGCACACGAAUUCUGAGACGUUUGCCAUGAAUGACAAUGGAUUCAUCCUAUGGUCAAGUUGCGCAGCACUCAGAUAUCUAUGCGACAAGCACCGUUUGGACUCCUACUACCCAUCUCAGCCACACGUUCGCGGCAUCUGCGAUCUGGCGAUGGAGUUCUGGGGUUGUUCGAUGUCUCUUGUCGUGCAGCAAAUCCUCUCCGAUGCUUUGGGAGUAGAGGCGGUUCAGCCUGAGGCUUUGAAGGCCUCGGAAGAGAAGUUUGUCGCUGAUCUUCUACCAGCGUUCUUGCACAUCAAUGCUAGGAUUCCUGGACCUUUCUUCGCUGGGCAGGAGCUCUGCAUCGCUGAUUUGCUCUUCUUUACGGGCAUCGGGCAAGUGCUAAGGUUGGCCCCCGACAGUUUUCUUUCAAGGAACGUUGAGAUGAAGAGAUACGUGGACAAUGUUCAGAAGAAGCUUGCUUGCUUCUCCAACUACUCCGACAAGAUCUUCGACAGGCACAGGAUCAUCAAGCUUGCGCCUCAGAACGGCGUCGUCGGUGUGUCAAGCAUCCCCCCUGCAAACCCUCAGGCCGCUUCUCCUCCCCGGCAGGCUCCAGCCGUCUCUCAACCUCCUCAGCACAAGAGCGUUGCACCUACACCUGAGGCGAUCAAAGUUGUUCCGCCUGCUAAGCCUCAGGUUCCGUUGAAGAUCAACACCAAGAAUCAGAGGGGCUUGUUCGUGGUACUUCCCUUGGACAUCGGAGUCCUUCAGAUCGGCAAGGCCAGCGAGUUCAAGAUGGCCCUGACGCAGGACGUCGCUAGUGCAGUCAAGAUCGACGCUGCUCGCAUCCAGCUCUUCGAGCUAAACACCGUCGAGGAUCCCAUGCACAAGAUGAAGGCCAUCUUGCUAGUUUCAGGGGGCGGUCAGCAAGGAUGGGAAGAGCAGAGCAGGAUCAUCGCAUCAGAGCUCGAGCAGCAGGCAGCAUCUGCACAGAGCUCGUUGCGUGCAGGGAAGAUCACAUCGAACUUGUCGAGGAUGGAGAAGGUCGAGCACAUGCUUGUGGUAUGA